GGCUCUCCACCCCUGUCUUGACUUGGUGCCGAGCCAGAUUCGCGGCGAGGAGGAAGGGAAGGGAGGGAGGAUGGAUUUAGAAGAAUAUCAAGUGACGUCUGAAGAAACUCAACUCUGGCCGGAGAAGUGAGCCGAGGAGGGCGGAAAACUGUUUUCCCGAUCGUUGCAUUGUUGGCUUAUUCCAUGGAAUGUUUAAUGAAGCCAUCUAUCGGGAAAUACCUGAACCGGGAAAGGAAGGGGACUGCCCAAGACAGCAGUUGGGGCGCUGAUGAUAACCAACACGGGUUACAGGAAAGUUUGACCUAGAUCAGAACUGUAGUGCCGAGUCUCCCUGGCUGAUUCUCCACGUCUCUCUAGGCUUCCCGUCCCUGCCUCUCGUGGGUGCUUAUGGAGCCAGUUGCUUCUCUGCAUUUCUCCCUGCCAGGCUCCCUUCUCUUCUUCCACCUCCUCAGCUUGUUUGCAGCGGUCUCAGUCCAAUUUACUGUCCUGGGACCAGCUGAUCCAAUCCUGGCCAUGGUGGGAGAAGACACCAAGUUACACUGCCACCUGUCACCUGAGAAAAACGCUGAGGGCAUGGAGGUGCGGUGGUUCCGGACGCAGUUCUCCCCUGCAGUGUUCGUGUACAAGGGCCAGCGAGAGAGAACGGAGGAGCAGAUGGAGGAGUACCGGGGAAGAACAACCUUUGUGAGCGAAGCUAUCAGCAAAGGGAGCGUGGGGCUGAUCAUACACAACAUCACAGCCGGCGAAAACGGCAUCUACCGCUGUUAUUUCCAAGAAGGCAGAUCCUACGACGAGGCCAUCAUGCACCUGAUGGUGGCAGGCCUGGGUUCUAAGCCCGUUAUUGAAAUGAAGGGCCAUGAGGAUGGAGGCAUCCGGCUGGAAUGCACAUCUAUAGGGUGGUAUCCAGAGCCCUGUGCCAUGUGGAGGGACCCUUAUGGUGAGAUCAUGCCCCCCCUGGAGGAGGCUUACACUACGAAUGCAGAUGGCCUCUUCAUGGUCACCAUGGCUGUGAUCAUCAGGGACCAGUCUGUGAGGAACGUGUCCUGCUCUGUCAACAACACCCUGCUCAACCAGGAGAAGCAAACUGUGAUUUUCAUUCCAGAAUCCUUUAUUCCCAGCACAUCUCCCUGGAUGGUGGCCCUGACUGUCAUCCUGCCUUCUCUGCUCCUCCUCAUCGCUGGGGGCAUCUGUCUCAUCAAGAAACUCCGAAUGGAAAAAAAGAUUCUGUCCAUGCAAAUAGAGGUUGAAAAUGAAGAGAAAGAAAUUGCACGUAAGGAACUGGGGAAAGAACGUGUGGAAAAAGAGAAAGAACGUCAAAUAAAAGAGCAACUUCAUGAAGAACUGCGAUGGAGAAGAAGCCUCUUACAUGCGGCUGAUGUGGUCCUGGACCCGGACACCGCUCAUCCCGAGCUCUUCCUGUCAGAGGACCGGAGAGGUGUGAGACGGGGUCCCUCCAGGCAGAGCAUGCCUGACAACCCGGAGAGAUUUGACUGUCAGCCUUGUGUCCUGGGCCUAGAGAACUACUCCUCAGGGAGACAUUACUGGGAGGUGGAGGUCGAAAACGUGAUGGUUUGGGCUGUGGGUGUUUGUAGAGACAGUGUUGAGAGGAAAGGGGAGGCCCUACUGGUUCCUCAGAAUGGCUUCUGGACCCUGGAGAUGUUUGAGAACCAGUACCGCGCCCUGUCCUCCCCGGAGAAGAUUCUCCCCCUGAAAGAGCGCCUUCGCCGGGUGGGCAUCUUCCUGGACUACGAAGCUGGAGAUGUGUCCUUCUAUAACAUGAGGGACAGGUCGCACAUCUACACGUGUCCCCGUUCGCCCUUCUCUGGGCCCCUGAGGCCCUUCUUCAGGCUGGGGUCUGAUGACAGCCCCCUCUUUAUCUGUCCAGCGUUUACAGGGGCCCAGGGGGUCACGGUGCCUGAGGGCGGCCUGGUCCUUCACAGGACAGAGACCCACCACAGCCUCCAGGACCAAUUCCCUGGUCUCAGAGCCAAGUAGAGAACCCAGGCCACCUCUACUGCCACAGCACAGCACCCCCUGGAGGAAAACCACCCUCCUUCCUUCUGGUCACAGAAGAGAAUCUCCUCCAGAGGUCCCCUGGACACCUCCUCAAGCCCUAGCCCCAUCUCUCCCUCAUUAGGCUGUUGCUUUAGUAACUCAUUUGCACGUAACGAUGGGGCAGGGGCCAGUCUCAGGAACACGAGUGCUGCCACAUGGCUCCCAACCAAGAAGUGUGAGAAAUUGACAGGCGGAAAACCGGUUGCUUUAACAUCAGAGUGACACAUUCAGCCUGAGACUGGAGUUGACACCAGAUACUGUGGAUUUGGGGUGAGGACGCACUAGGAUGUAAGAGGGAAGCGGGAACCACAGAUGGAAGUCAGAGAUAGAGGAAGUGAGACCUGAGAGGUGGGCCGAGGCUAUGGAUGUGGUUAAGCCCCACCAUUACAGGUAAGGGGUCCCAGGAGCUGAUGGGCCAUUUCCAACCCACCCCCAAGAUUUCCAGGGCAUACAGUAAAGCUCCCCAGGCCUAGAUCUGGAUGAGGAAGGAUGAAGGAUGAGGAUACUUCUGGACAUGGCCUGGCUCAGGUGUCCCUACAAUAAAAGGUGUCAGUACUUAGUUAUUGAGAGUGGCCUAAGGUUUAAGGUCCCAGCUGAGCAGGUAAGCAUCGGACCAAGUGGAUCUCAAGGUUCAGGUUCAGUGGGGAGAGCAGUGCUUUCCAGCUUUUUGGCCUCAGGAUGCCUUUAGACACUUAAAAAUUACUGAGGACCCUAGAGAGCUUUUGCUCAUUUGGGUUAUAUAUCUAUCAAUAUUUGUGGCAUUAGAGAUUGGAACUGAGAAAUGUUUAAAAUGUAUUUAUUUAUUAAUUUAUAUUAAAAAUAGCAACAAGCCAAUUAUAGGUUAAUAUAAAAAAACAUUUCAUGAAAAAUAACUGUCUGUUGUUCCCAAUGCAAAAUAAAGUUUAUUGAGAAGUGUGGUAUUCUUUAACGUUUUUGCAAAUC